CUUGGGACUACUGUAUGUAAUGGUUGUGAUUUUGAAUCCUUGUACUGACCUUCAGCACUCACCUGCACGUUUUACCUGAAGGAGGCGACUUGACCUUUCGUUCUUAUUUUUGCCUCUAAUCAACGCCCCCCACAAACUUCCACCGAGCUCUGCAGGGGAUAGCUCUGAUAGAGAGCCAGAACAGGAAUGUGUGUGGGAAAAGUUUCAAAACUGAGCAAAGUUUCAAAAAUGCAGCACACAGCUGCAAUGAAAGACAACCAGAAAAAGACAUGUUUCUGUUUUCUUUUCGACUGAAAAGCUCACACUAGGGAUUCCAGAAGAGGAAAUAGAAGUAAAAGAGCAAACUUGGAGGACUGUUCCUGUAUGUGUGACAUUAUUUGUGGAAUCAUCAUGCGCCGUGGUUUUGUUUACAAGUCCACCCACUGAGAAUCUACACAUAUACUGCCUUUUGAUUACAUCCUGCCACAUACAACCUUUUUACUUAGGAUUGAACACAACCUUUGAGUUUGCCUGUUUCUCAAGGUAUGAACAACAGCAAUGCCACUCAGCCCCCUGGUUGCGGAGGCGAUCCAAGUGGGAACAGCUAUAACAACAGUGUCUUUACACGUGAGGUGAUCCCAGUGCUGUAUUGUCUGAUCUUCGCCGCUGGUCUGAUCCUAAAUAUCUUGGCAGCAUGGAUCUUCUUCAAAGUACCCAGCACUUCAGGACUGGUGGUGUACCUAAAAAACAUGGUGGUGGCUGACCUUCUCAUGCUGUUCUCCUUUCCUUGGCGUGUGGUUAGUGACCUUGGCCAUGGUGGAUGGUAUCUGAAAAUGGUGGUGUGCCGCUACACAGCUGUGCUCUACUACUUAGGCAUGUAUAUAGGGAUAGUCUUCAUGGGCCUCAUCAGUCUGGAACGGUAUGUCAAGAUCGUGCAUGCGUCCCCAUGUUCACCCCAGCCUUGCUCUUUAAGAGCUUCAAAUUUACUGCAGCGGGUGACUGUAUCCAGGUGCCUGGCGCUUCUGUCCUGGGCUAUAAUGCUACUCUGUAUGCUUCCCAACUCACUGCUGACCAACAAGCCUGCUGCAGAAGGCUGCUCCUGCAUGAAUCUUAAGAGUGAUCUCGGACUACUAUGGCAUAAGAUCUCUGCCCACACAGGUGUGGCCAUCUUCUGGGUGACACUUGUGUUAAUGUCUUUCUGCUACUUUUCUAUAGCCUGGCAGGUGUACAGCUCCUACCAAAGGGUAAGGCGAGGCAGCAGUAAUGCAAGCCGCAGGUCUAACCAAAGCAUUUACAGCCUACUAGCUGUGUUUUUUGUCUGCUUUGUGCCAUAUCAUGCUUUACGAGUGCCCUACACAUUGAGUCAGACGUUUUCCAAUCAUUUUAGCGAUAAAACCAAAUUCCAUUUCUUCCAGGCCAAAGAGGCCACACAGUUCAUGGCUUCAUUUAAUGUAUGUCUAGACCCUCUGAUCUACUUCCUCAUGUGUAGAACAUUCCGAGAGUUACUGAUGCGAAAGUUUUCUAGGACCAAGGCUGUUAAUGUGAUGCCAUCUGUUACCAACAGACUAAGCACAAGUAAUUUAUAGAGAAGAAAUGAAAACAUGAAGAGGAAUUGAUGGUUGCAGAUGGACACCAAGGUGGUGCAGUGGGUCAAUCACGCAGUGCUAGACCAAAAACAAAAUAAGGACAUGAGUUGUGCUCUGUGUUCCAGUUUCUGUCAAAGCCACUGUGACCAAAAGGAGAAGCCUAAAACCGAAACAUUUGAUCACUAAAAAGGCACAAUGUUUACUAAAAAGACUUAAAAAUGCAAAGCAGAGCUGGAAUGUGUCUUUGUGUAAUUAUUAUAUGAAUCAAAUUUUCCCUAAAACUAUGAUGAGAUUUAAUAGAAUUUAAUAAAUAGAAGUUAUUCUUGACGUUGUACAUUUAGGGUUGUAAAGCAUAUUUAUAUUAAACAAAUUCAUAAACGAA